AUGGUCCCCUAUACCGACAUCCUCAAUUCCAACACCUCCCUAAAAUCCACCGGCGCAUCGCCCACCGCCGUCUUCGUUGGCGCCACCAACGGGAUCGGCAAGGCGGCCCUCCUCGCCCUCGCAAGACACACCAUCAGCCCCAGGAUCUAUAUCGUGAGCCGCACGCACGCUUCUCUGACUCCACUCAUCAGCCAGCUCGAGGAUAUCAACCCCGCUGGAACAUACAUCCCCAUCGAGGGAGGCGAUCUGACUCUAUUGUCGAAUGUCGAUAAAGCCAGCGAGAGCAUUCGAUCGCAUGGCGAUGACCAUUUGGACAUGUUGAUCAUGUCUGCGGGUUACAUAACAUUUGCUUCGCGGAUUGAAUCUGCCGAAGGCCUGGACGAGGCGACCUGUAUCAGCUACUACGCACGGAUGCUCUUCCUGGUUCACCUGCUCCCACUCCUCAACGCGGCGCCGUCACCACGCGUGCUCUCCGUGCUGGCCGCGGGCAUGGAGGGCCAGCUCUGGCCGGACGACUUCGCACUCAAGGAAAAAUGGCACUACUCGCUUAUGAAGGCUGGCGGGGCUGCAGUAAGCAUGACGACGCUUUUCCUCGAGGAGAUGAGGAAGCGGAACCCUAAGAUCGUGCUCAUGCAUCUUCAUCCCGGGACCGUGCCGGAUACGGGGCUUGUGGAUAAACCGGAGCACAUUGGAUGGUGGAUGAGGUUGUUCUUCCGGGCCCUUGUGCCGGUUAUGAGGAUUUUUGGGUAUACUGUUGAAGAGUCGGGGGAGAGAGUGCUCUUUGCGGCGACAAACGGAAGGUUUAGGGCAGUGCAGGGUGGUGGAGAGGGGAUUGCCGUGGGGAGUGAUGGGACGAGGGGAAGUGGAAUGUACCUCGUGCUGGCAGAUUCGAGGAGUAGGGCCAAAGUUGGUGGACCAUACUCUGGGUGA